UUGCUUUUGAAACCGACGUGAGAAUUGGAGUUGUGGAGGAGUUUGUUUUGUGUCCAUUGUUUGGCUGCUGUUCGUUUCAUUUUCGUGUGUGCCCAAGUGUCCUGUCUCCCGGUCGUCCUGGUUUUGUGGAGUAUUUACAGCAAAUCGCGCGACCGCGAGUGAGUGUGCGUCGAUUGUCGCCGAUCCCGAUCCUUAUCCGUGCGCAAUCAUUGCAUUGGCAUUUCCGCGUUCCGUGUGUGCUAGAAAGGCUGGAGCGACACGUGCCGUGUGUCUGUUUGUGUGCCUGUGGGCUGCGGAAGAAGUGAAUGUUCUGAUGACGCUGGCCGUCGAUCCACGGCACGGAGCCACCCAGAAAGGGCAACACGCAUUGAGCAGGAGGGUCGAAAAGUGAUCAGCAAGUGGUGACCGUGAACCGGCUGCGAGCCCCUGGAUUCUUCCAGUGAUCCGGAACAUCGUCGGGAACCGAAACGCUUGCUGCUUACGUAGCAAGAUUUCCAGAUUCCCGUUAGAAAUCGCCACAUCUCAAUCCGCAGCAGCGGCGACAUUUGAGAUCUGUUCAGCUUGAACCAAACCGGGUGGAGUGCUGGCAGAAGCGGCAGGGGGCGAAAGGGGAGCGACGAGGAAGAGAAGAUUAUGAAGCUAGAGGCCAACAUCCACCUGCAGCAGCAGCAGCAGCAGCUCGGAUCAUCGGCGGUCCAACAUCUCCUGGAUGAGAAGCCGCAGACAUCGGCGACAGUCGGUAGUGCCCUACAGCAUUUCACGCAGAUCAACAGCAUGAGCAUCGAGCUGUGCCUGGUGUGUGGGGAUCGCGCCUCCGGGCGCCAUUACGGCGCGAUCAGCUGCGAGGGCUGCAAGGGCUUUUUCAAGCGUUCGAUCCGGAAGCAGCUCGGCUAUCAGUGCCGGGGGUCGAUGAACUGCGAGGUGACGAAGCACCACCGGAACCGCUGCCAGUACUGCCGGCUGCAGAAGUGCCUGGCGUGCGGUAUGCGCAGUGACUCCGUCCAGCAUGAGCGCAAACCGAUCGUCGACAAGAAGGAUGGCCAGUCGGGCCCGAACCCGAACAGCAAGUACAACCCGCACCGGAACAAAGAGUAUCACCAUCACGGCGAACCGAAAGCAUCGGCAGCGUCGGCCGGUUCCGUGUCGAUGGCAGCGGCGGCCGCAGCGGCCGCACCUUCUUUCCUCUCCUAUCUGCCCGGGUUCAGUUUGGCCGAUUUUACGGCCAGCCUGAGCAAACAUGCCGGUGGCAACAACAAAUCACCCUCGUUGGGGCGUGAACCACAACAACACGGUACGCAGCAGCAGCAGCAACAACAAGGAGGCCAACCCGGUGCCGGCCAUCAGCUGUCCGCGCUUGGAUCCGCAGUCGGCACCGGACUGAGCAAUCCGUUUGGCAGUUUGCAAUCACUUAAGACGGAAGUUGGCGCAGAACGGCAGCAGCAGCAACAGCAGGAUCUUUCAACGAGUGCGGCCGAUUCGAUCGCGGCCCUUAUCGGACUGAAUACGACGGCGGCGGCGGCUGCUGCAGCGGCCGCCAUGUCCGGCCAUGUCGGGACGAUGGGUGGAGCGACUUCCGGAUCGGCUGCCCUUCUCGAUUCCGUCCACGCGGCGGAUGGCUGUGCUGGGGGCGGCGGCGGUGGUGGAGGGCUUGCGAUGCGCAAUCUUUCCGCCAGUACCACCACCACAUCCUCCGGUGUAUCAUCGGGUGGUGGUGGCGGGGUGUCUGCAGGUCACUUCUCAGCACACGCCAUGGACACCGGUGACGCAAGUUCCGUCGACAAAACGCUUAUCUGCAGCUCCCUCGAGUUCAUCCAGAGCCUGGAGCAGGAACUGAACAGCAACCUCAACAACAACUACGGCAUCAAAUCGGAACUCAGUAAUGGGCGCGGUGACGACGACGACUGCCACGGCGGUGGUUUUGACUUUGGUGAUGGCGGCGGCGGUCUAGUAUUGACCGAGAAUUGUGUCUCUUUCGACAUCCAGGUACCGAACGUGCUGCCCAACUACCUGGGGGUCCACUACGUUUGCGAAACGGGUUCUCGGUUGCUCUUCGCGACCGUACACUGGAUGAAGAAGAACCAUCUGUUCCAGUUGCUCAGUGAAAGCUUCCAGGGAGAGCUGGUUCGUCAGGUGUGGCCAGAGCUGUUUAUGAUCGGGCUAGCGCAGAGUAGUGGUCAGCUGUCGUUCAACACGAUCAUGCUGGCGCUCAUCCAGUACAUGAAAACCGUUAUCCUUAACAAAAAGUACACCGGUGAAGUGGUCAGCUACCUGAUGAAGUACAUUCUGCUGGUGCAGGAGUUUGUGAACGAUCUGCAGAAGCUCAACCUCACCGAUCAGGAGUACGCCUAUCUUCGGUUGCUGUCCAUUUUCAACCCCGAUAACAUCCUGCAGGAUAAUGGGAAGAAUCAGCAUGUGCUAAAGAUCCAGGAGAUGAUACUGGGAUCGUUCCGGGAGUACUAUCGUGGCAAACACUCGAGGCUUGUGAGUAGCGAAAGUGAGGAAAAUCUGCGAGCCACGGCCAGCGGUGCAGACGACGAGGACGACGACGACGAGUACUACGGCGAGCGCAGCCAACAGCGGCAGCAGCAGCGUAACCUUCGCCAAGCCCAGCACGAGCAGCGACUGAUGAAGCUCUUGCUCAAGCUCCCCACACUUCGGGCACUCAACUCAAAGCGCGACCUGGAGGAUCUGUUCUUCAGUAAUCUGAUCGGUCAAGUUCAGAUCGACAGCGUCCUGACGUAUGUGCUGCAGACCAACGAUGGUGCGGUAUCAUUUGCUCAUUUGGUCCAGAAACAGAUGCACAAUCCCUCCAACAACAACAACAAUGGUUCCAUUCCAUCGGCAAUGGACAGUGACGAGUGAAAACCAGCGGCGAGUCGCGAUGAAUGAGGGGAACAAGUAGCAGUUGUUACUGCUAUUCCAGUCGUUCCAUAAUCCGUCCCUUCCGAGCAGCGUGAGAACGAUUUCUAGGAAAAAGGUUGAAAAGGUUUCAGGAAGAAACUUUGAAAAGAACCACCGACAGUGCAUUAUCAGAGGCCCAUUCGAUGGGUCUAUUGGUCGAACAAACGUUAAUGAGCUUGAAGAUAAAACAGUACCAUAUGUGGUUCGCGGUGAGAGAUGGCCGGUUCUCGUUGAUUUCGGUUUCAAAGUACCUUCUGGCAUUGGCAGGCGCACGGGUUGUAACGUUUUCCAAGCGCACAAAGUAUGUUGGAGCAGUGCAAUCCCUGAAAAUUUUCGAAAAUUUUAUUAUUUUACACUUAAGACCACUUUAUCCAGGCUCGCAUUAUAAAGACCUCAUUUGGAUCAGUACCUUGUUACGUCAUAGGACAGCAUAAUACAACGACAGGUGCGAGCACAGUGAGUGAAGAAUGAUUUUGCGGUAAGCUUGCCGCGUUCAGAAGUUUCGGUUUCGCGUUUAGUCGCCAACCCAGUGGGGCAUACGAGUAGGUGGUUAGUAUUUAGCUGGUUGAAGAACCGAUAUGGUAGAGCUUUUGUACUUGAACACGAAAAGAAAAAGAGUUAGUGGAGAAAAGUAACACAAACGAACCACCUAUUAAUACUAUCGAUUAAGCAAACAAAAAAAGGAAAGCCUUUGGAAACAAGAGAAAAAUCGUACCUGACGAAGGUAUUAGUUGUUUAGAAAACGACUUAUUUCUUAGUUUAUAUCGAAUGCGGCGCAGCAGAUUUUGUACAUUUUAAGGGCUCCCAAACCACUCCGACUGAGGGGAUAGAGCGAAAGCGAACCAAACGGGCGUGCGUGGCUGAAGGAGGAUCCGACGCAAAACUGGGCAAUAUUUAGACGUUAAGUGAAGCAUUAUUCGAGUUUAUCCGUCCCACGAGAUUACCACAAUACAGAACGGUAAACAAGCCACCGGUCUCUAGGAAAAGGCAGAUAAACUCAGCGUUUAUCCCGAGAUCCGAGACAGCAAAUAGUAGCAAACAAGUAUUUCAAUUGUAUUUCGUACACACGCCUGUUAGCGUGUCUAAUAAUGGCGCAAUCGAUCGAUCGAAAAUGGUAGCAUAAAUUAAUAUACAAACAAAAAGCGAGUAUGUGUGUGUGUAACCAAACAACAGGGACCUUAGGCUAGGACUUCUUACACGACUUGUAGGGCUUCCGGUGGAAAACGAACCAAGUGGCAAACAAAUUUCAUCAUACUCAGAUUUCAUAC